GUCUAGCAGGUACGGCGAGUACCGAGGUGGCCACUUCCCAUGCGAAGACCAAGGCCCAGAAAGGAGCAGGGGGGCAAGAGCGACCUUUGGUCGACGCGCUUGUUAGGGUCUUGACGUGUCGCGGCGCUGCUGUGGGUCUUGGAGAACUUGGGUCCCAGGAGUCCUUGAAGAAGCUUCUGAAGAAGCAGCAAGCUGAUCUACGAAAAAUCCGGCAAUUCGUCGCGGCUUUUCCCAGCAUCUUCCACCUGGGAACCGAUGCAUCUGGACAAGUUGCUGUGACCCUAAGUGGCGAUGGGGUGCGCAGUCUACCCGUGGUGAAGAGCUCGAAAGGAGGCAAAAGUGGAAAGGGUGGCAAGCGAUCCACUUCAGGAGCAAAGCACAAAGGCUCCAACCCUUCCGUGCUGACUGAGCAUAUAACCUCGCUGUGUGGUUCUUCAGCUGCCACUGCGGCCGAUUUCGACGGGCGUGUCAAGGCUCUUCUUCUCGAUGUGCAGGACAAACAAGGCACCGAAGCCUUGGACGAGUGUUUUGAGAACUUGCACGAAUGGCUGAGCAAGAAGGGAGACAGGAGUGCCAUCGGAAACUGGCCGGCCUACAUAACGAAGCUGGUGGUCAACUGGAAGGACAGGAUGCAGUGA